UGAAUGCUGCAAUAAUUGAAUUGGGAAGAGCUACACCAAUUUAGACAAAAAUCACAAUCGACCAGACAGGUAAAGUGAGUUACUCAUUCACAUGCAUCUCUUAUAAUACGACAAUCAUCAUGAUCAUCAUCAAACAUUUCAUACAAUAAUUUUAACCUUUGUGUGAUGAACGAUAGACAGACAGAGAGAGAGCGAAUGGAACAAAAAUUGGGAGGGACAUUCGAACAGUGGUGGUGGUUGUUGCUGUCGAAAUAUUCUCGGCAUAAAUAGUGGAGACCGCCUCAUAGGUAGAUUUAGACGACAAUUAUUUUGUUGAUUAAAAUAUAGAUGGCGUUAUCGAUAGCGUAAAUCAUCCGUGAUUUAUUUACGCGUAUUUUUGUGUGAUGAUCACGUUAUUUAACCGUAAUUGUGUUGAUGUUUUUUUCAUUCGUUGAGCUUUUUGUUUAUUUCGUCAUUUUUUUCUGUUUGCCAAAAACUAAAAUCAUCUAUCCGAAUUUAUGAGACAAAUUUGGUUGAAAUUGUAAAAAUUUUUUGUUUUAGUCCACUACCUUGUCCUUGUAAAUAUUGUGUUCAUCAAAUCACAUCAUCCAUUUAAUAAUGAUGGCUGAUGAAGAUAAAUCAGGUGAAAAUGAUGAAAAUAAAGCAACAACAACACCAUUCAAAAUGACUGGUUUUGCAUUCAAAAAGAUUGCUAAACCUAAAACAAAUUUAUUAACAACAAAACAGAUACAAAAUGAUCUCAUCGAUAUUGUUGAUCAUGAUAAUGAUGAAAAAGGUGAAAUAGAUUUUGUUACAUCGAUUGAUGAUAAUCAAAUUCAGGGCACCCGGAUUAUUGAAUCGAAAAAAGACGAAAAAUCAAUUAUAAUACCAUUAAUAAAAGUGAAUAAAUACCGUUUUGAAAAUGAAAAUCGAAAUAAUAAUACUUGUGAUUCUGCUGAAGCAUCGCCACAAUUACCUAUUAAAAAUGAAGAUGAUGAUGAUGAUUUAAUUACGAAACAAGCUAAACAAGAACUAAUUGUAGAAUCCAAAAUGAUUGAUGAAGAUCAGCUAUUACCUGCAUGGCAAUCAUUAUUAAUAAAUAAAUUACCAGAUGAAUAUGAAAAUGAUUCGAAAUGUGAUGUAUCGAUGCGUCCCGAUGAACCAAAACUGAAUGAUUACGAACAAAUACCUGUCAAUGUUUAUGGCGCUGCUAUGUUACGUGGAAUGGGCUGGAAAGAAGGUGCACCGAUCGGUGGUAUAAACAAAUCGAUAACGCCAAUUAUUGAACCACAAUUACGUCCUCGUGGUUUAGGUCUUGGUGCCGAUAUUUCCAUACGAAAACAAUUAGAACAGAAAAAUUCAAAUCGAACCACUACUAGCCAAAUGAAAGAUGAACCAAUUUUAAGAAAAGGUUGUCAUGUUUGUAUAGAAUUCGGUCCAUAUAAAGGUUAUUAUGGCAUUGUUGAAAAUUUAACGGGUGAUGAGUCGAUCUAUGUUCAAGUUCGAUUAACAUUAACCAAAGAUGCUAUACAAAUUUUACAAGAUCUAUUGCGUAUUGUUACCAAACAAGAAUAUGAUUCGGAAAGUAAAGUGAUAAAUAAAUAUCGUUAUGAUGAAUAUAAGAAAAAGGAUUCUCAGCAGCAACAACAACAUCAAAGUCGAAGUCGAAGUAGUUCUCGUUCACAUUCUCGAGAAAGGCGUCGGUCAUCAUUGAAAGAUGAACGUAUGGAUGAUGAUGGUGAUGACGGUAGUGGUGAAAUAUGGAUUGUGCCAAAAAUACGUGUUCAAAUAGUUGAUAAAAAAUAUAAAAAUGGAAGAUAUUAUAAAGAAAAAGUUGUCAUCAUGGAAACACGUGGCAAUGAAUGUAUAUGUCGUACAAAGGAUAAAAAAAUAUUAAAUAAUGUUACGCAAUCAAUGCUUCGUACUGUGAUACCAUCAUUAUCCGAUCCAUCAAUACAGGUAAUGAUUUUACGUGGUCGUUAUCAAGGAAAAUUGGCCAAAAUUGAUACUGUUGAUUGGAAACAUGAACAGGCAAUGAUCAAUCUCACUGGAUACAUAUCGAAACCAUUUUCAAUUGCCUUGGAUGAUAUUACCGAAUUUCGUAAUGAUGAUCGGUGAUUUUUUUAAAUAUUUUAU